GAACAAACUCUUACCGUAUUCGAAUAUCUCAGUCUCUUUUACGGGACCAUGAAAGACAACAGCUUCUGCGUUAUGCCACUGUAUGACAUCGAACACGUUAUUCUUUUGACGGACGAUCAGCAAGAGGCCCUGGCAAAAGCAUUCACAUCGAUCCACUGCAAGCGCUUCCACACACCAUCUUUCUUCAUCAAUGUUCGCUUUACGGAUGUAUCGUCAUAGGAGGUCUACAGAGACGAGGUCCUACGAUACUAAAACUGCGCUAUCUUGACAACUCUAGCCAGCGAAUAUCGCACGAGAGGACAGUAUGGUGAACAAUGUCGGGGGCUUAUGAAGGCGUUGGAUCAGAUCGUAGUUCCUGAAAGCGUGAACUUCCUCUUAAAUAUCUGUGGA